GGUUUGCUAUCAGACCUGCUACAAAAAAUCCCGAGUUUAAAUAAGGCCCCUUGAUCUUGAAUUUCAUGGGGCCGGCAGCAUUACAAUCAAGGGUAAAUCCCUGUUUAAAUCCAGGCCAAGAUCAAGGGCCGAGGGUGGUUGGCCUGUUUGAAUGGCAAAAUCCGUCUGCUAUAGCUAGUAAAAUGGCGUGGGGGCACCUUCACUGAAAUUUCCUGUCUUGUGUCCAUGGCCUAAGGCUAGGGCUUUUGCUACUGACAAUUCGUGCACAAAUCAAUCACUUUCCCCUUCGCCAUGGCCACUGUGACCUCAUUAUUGCUCUUUGUACUCUGCGCUAGCUUCGGCCUCUCUUUCUCAGAUUCAGGACAGGAGAACUCAUUUGAGUCGGUUCCUGAUCUGGAGAAGUCAAUGUACAUGCAUGUUGAUGGAUACCCAUGCGUACGGGUCCUCAACCUUUCAGGGGAAAUUGGUUGUUCAAAUCCUAGUCGUGAGAAGGUUGUUGCUCCAAUUGUUAGAUACAAGAGUGCAGAUGAGCUUCUCAAAUCAGCUGCAGUACUGGUUUCUAUAGAUGAAUUUGAGAUCUUACUUUCAAGAUUAUCAAAAGAUUUAGAUUUUGCAGGGAAAGUGGCCGGUAUAUUGGUUGAAUCACGAACAGAGGUCUCUAAUGGGUUGAAGGGGUUUUCUCCAGAUGGAAAGUUUCCCCAAGCAGAAUUUGCUCCAUAUCAAAGCAACAAUUUUACGUGGAACCCUCCUGGAUCUGGAAUUAUGUGGAAGGCUUAUAAUUUCCCUGUGUUUUUGCUUUCCAGGACUAGCACCUUGAUUUUGCAAGAGGUUGUCAUGAAGAAUGAGAAGACCAAGAAAUCCAAUACUGAAAAUGUAGCUGAAUUUAAUGUGGUGAUGCAGACAACGAAAUCUGGAACUCAUGAUUCAGACUCUUGUUUGAAAGAAGAAACUUGUCUACCUUUGGGUGGAUACAGUGUCUGGUCAGCACUUCCACCUAUUAAUAUUUCAUCUUCACAAAAAUCAAAGCCAGUCAUAGUAACUAUGACAUCAAUGGAUUCAGCAUCUUUUUUCCGUGACAAAAGCCUCGGUGCAGACUCCCCCAUAUCAGGGUUGAUUACAUUGCUAGCUGCAGUGGAUGCUCUUUCAUAUCUCGAUGGCUUGGAUGAACUUAAUAAACAGCUUGUGUUUGUAGUUCUCACUGGAGAAUCCUGGGGCUACCUGGGCAGUCGCAGAUUUGUUUUAGAAGCCGAUCAACAUUCAGACUCCGUUAGAGGCCUCGACUUCGCGAUGAUUGAAACUGUGAUGGAAAUUGGAUCUGUUGGAAAGGGCUUAUCUAACGGCGUCAAGACAUUUUAUUCUCAUACUUCCGGGGAUACAUUGGCUACAAAUGAAACAUUUCAAGCCUUGCUACGUGCUCAAGAUUCCCUGAAAACUGAAAGCAUUAAGAUCUCCAUGGCAAGCACAUCAAAUCCUGGAGUGCCGCCGUCUUCAUUGAUGACAUUUCUGAGGAAGAAAUCUCAGAUUUCUGGUGUUGUUCUGGAAGAUUUUGAUACUUCUUUUACCAACAAAUUCUACCACAGUCACCUGGAUGACCUAUCUAACGUUAACUCUUCGGCCAUAGUAACUGCUGCUUCCCUAGUUGCUAGAACGCUAUACCUCCUUGCCAAUGACCAGAAUGCUUCAGCUAUAAAUGCUAUCAAUGUCAAUGCAUCUUUGGUGGAAGAACUUCUUGGUUGCCUAUUAAAUUGUAAACCAGGCUCAUCAUGUGAGCUGAUGAAGCACUAUAUUUCUCCCUCGGCAACUUGCCCUAGCCAUUAUGUAGGUGUUAUUCUGGGAGAACCUUCUUCUGUGCCUUAUCCUGCUUAUGUGAGUGAUGUUUCGAGGUUCGUUUGGAACUUCUUGGCCUCUAAGACAUCAAUCUUUUCAAGAAAUAUUACCUCUGCCUGCCCUAAUGAUUGCAAUGGUGUUGGUGAAUUGUGCAUACGAGAAGAAGCUGAUGGGAAAGGCAUCUGUGUUAUAUCAACAACCAGGUGUUUAUUCUUGCCCUUCUUUUAUUUCACCAGGUAUGUCCCAGCAUAUUCGACACGGUUGAAGUAUGAGUCUGGAAGCUGGACUGUACUACCCUACAAUUCUUCAGAGGAGAUGAGUGCUGCUGACCCUGUCUGGACAGAGAGUAAUUGGGACACAAUUAGCCUCAGGGUGUACAAGGUCCAGAAUACUGCUUAUGAUGGCCUAAUUCUGCUGUCGGGUAUUGUUGUUACAGUUUUGACUUACCUUUUAAUACUGAUAACCAGAGCUUUCAUUCGGAAGGCCCUGAAGUGGGAUUGAUAUACAAUGAUUGGAGAUAACAUAUUGGUGACUUAUGUAAUAGCUCAUGAGCCGGGUAAAGAAGACUUGUCAUAAAAUUUUACCGAGCUGCUGAUGAAGUGUAAAGAAAACAAAAUCAUUGCAAUGGUCGAUAAAGAAAUAUGUGCAGACAUUUGAAGUAAUCAAUUGGGUAUAGCAAUUUUUGAGCUGCAUCCUUGUUUAACCUAUUCUUUGACUAUCUAGUAUCAGAAUGGUGUUAUUUCCAAUCAUACUUUCAUAUGAGCAGUUCUAAUUUUAUACUCUCGCAGAAAGGAAUGUUAUGCUUGAAAAUGAAAUGAUUUAUUAGAUAUUAUGGAUGAUCAGUUAUGAAGGGAUAGUUUUGUUUUUUUA